AUGUCUUCACGAAUUCUGACCGACCUUCCCUUCGAGAUCUUCUGGCUCAUUGUGAAGAGCCUUGACUCGUGCGAGAGAGAUAUCAACGCUCUGGCCCAAGUGAAUCGGGAUCUUUACGCUCUCCUCAACCCUUAUCUCUAUCGCCUUAAUGUCCAUAACCCUUCCAAUCCUGCUAUUGCUUGGGGCGCCUACCACGGUCAGGAAGCAACCGUUCGAAAAGCCCUAGAGCAGGGCGCCUGGACAAGAUCUACUUUCGGCGCAGGUAAAUCACCAGAGCCAAUAACCCUUGCAGCAUUGGCUGGUCACGCGAAUAUUGUCAAGCUGCUCCUCAAUCAUGGAGUCCAACCAAUGAAAAGAUGGGACUGGAAUGACAAUGGCACUAGACGGACGGACGUAAUGGAUUGGGACUAUACCGGCUUAGGUCCAAUCCGAGACUGGCCCCCCUGGACAGCCGCACUUGUUAGAGACCGCGCGGAAGUCCUGCAAGUCUUGAUUGAUGAUGCUGGAUUCGUGUCGCGCUUUUUCGAUUUUUUCAAGCUCUUACCUAAUGGCGAUGGCUACUUUGACACCAUUGAAGGCUUUGAGACGUUCAAAGUUCUCGUGAGAGGCUGUCCCAAAUGGGAAUAUCAUGUUGAACACCAGUAUGCCGGGAUAUUGAGCUUGGCAAUUCAUGACUCAAUCGGUAACCUCGAAGUCAUGCGCUUCCUUGUCGACUCAGAAUGUCCAGUCAACUACCCAGACCUCUGGGGCCACACCCCGUUGGCGUACGCAGCGGAUGCCGGCAACGUCGAGACGGUAGAAUUCUUGUUGGACCGUGGAGCCGAUCCCGAUCCCGGAAUCCCAUGGCCGCUAAGACUUGCCGCAGAAAAAGGACAUGUCAAGGUUGCAGAACUGCUGUUGGAAAGGAUUGACGUCCGACGCAAAAUUACUAGUGGAGAUGACCUUGGCUACUUUACUCGGCGGCGGCCUGUGGGUUUGAGAAGAUUGUGCGAGCUUGCCUGGAUGCCGGAUGCAACGCAGAUCGAAGGCUGUACGUUCGCUAUUCUCCUUUCACACGUGUGGAUGAUAAAUCAUCCAGGUAUCCAUGGAUGGGUAUUAUUCGACGCCGCUAGACUGGGCCCGUUUAAGAGGCCACUCUGCAGACGUGCGUCUUCUCGAGAACGCUAG